AUGACUAUAAAACAAAGUCUCCCCAAAUUGGUUUCAAUCUUUACCGCUGAGGCAUAUGCAAUACUUGAAACCCUGAAACAUGCCAGCAUCAACAACCUUAAAAACGUUGCCAUUUUUUCGGACUCGAUGAGCGUGAUGAAAGCCCUAGAAACCUCAAACAGCAACAAUAGCCAUGAGAUCAUAACAAAAAUACAAGAAGCAUACACAGAAUUAGACAAAAAUUACAACACCGAUAUAAAUAUUAUUUGGAUUCCCUCACAUCAAGGCAUACCGGGAAACGAGGAAGCAGACGCGGCAGCAAAAGAAGCAACAAUCCUAUCACCAACCGAAACUACCGUUCCAAUACCGUAUCAAGACCUCAUAAACCAUAUGAAAAAAACUACAAAAGAAGAAUGGAACAGAAUGUGGACCACAACAAAAAGAACAAAAAUACAUGAUAUAAUACAAAACUUCUACGAACCAAUUCCUACCUGCAAUUUAAAUAGGAAAGAAAAAUCCAUAUUGUCUCGACUAAGGUCAGGUCACACAAAGAUAACACACGAACACCUAAUAAGAAAAACCGAUCAACCGUACUGCAGCCACUGCCCCACUGAAACCCUCACAGUAGACCACAUCCUAUACCAGUGCAGAAGAACCGAACCCCAAAGACAGAAAUAUGGGAUAAAACCGGACACAGCCCUUAUAGCUCAGGCCCACAUAAGUGACACUCUAAAAUUUCUCAAAGAAACAAAUAUGUAUAAUCAAAUAUAG